AUGGAUCCAACUAUUUGCCAGACAGCAGCAAGAAUCUUACCGCUAGGGGCGGGAAGUGAAGUGGGCAGAUCGUGCGUAGUCACAAAGUUUAGAGGAGUUACGGUCAUGUUUGACUGCGGGGUGCAUCCUGCGUACACUGGAGUGUCAUCUCUCCCGUUUUUUGAUUUAAUUGACCCAGCAGAGAUAGACGUUAUUCUUGUUACGCAUUUUCAUCUGGAUCACGCUGGCGCACUUCCAUAUUUCACAGAAAGGAGCGGGUUUAAGGGAAAAAUAUAUAUGACCCACCCAACUAGAGCAAUCUUUCGAUGGCUACUGAACGACUAUGUUCGAGUAUCCAAUGUGUCCUCAGAGAAUGACCUAUUUACAGAGAAGGAGCUUGCGCAGUGCUAUGACAAAAUUAUUCCAAUUGACUAUGGGCAGGAAAUACCUCUGAAAAACAUUACAAUAAUAGCCUACAAUGCAGGGCACGUGCUAGGAGCUGCCAUGUUUCUUGUUAAAAAUGAAGAUAUUUCUUUGUUGUACACUGGCGACUAUUCUCGGGAGGAGGACCGGCACUUGAAAGCAGCAGUGAUACCGCCCAUGCCCAUAGACAUACUCAUAUCGGAGUCUACGUAUGGGGUGCAGUGCCACCAAAGCAAGGAGGAGAGAGAAACAAGAUUUAUAACUGGGGUGUCUGAUGUAGUGAAGAGGGGAGGAAAGUGCUUGCUGCCUGUCUUUGCCUUAGGGAGGGCACAAGAGCUAUUGCUAAUACUUGACGAGUUUUGGGACUCUAGAAAAGAUUUGCAGGGGAUUCCUAUUCUUUAUGCGUCUGCGCUGGCAAAGCGGUUUAUGGCAGUGUACCAAACAUAUUUAAACAUGAUGAAUGACAGGAUACAGGGAAUGGCUGAGAUAAGCAACCCUUUCCAUUUUAAGCAUGUGCAAAGCAUAAAGAAUAUUGAGGCGUAUGAAGACCGAGGACCGUGCGUGAUGAUGGCUUCACCAGGUAUGCUGCAGAACGGGUUAUCCCGUGAUCUGUUUGAGAUGUGGUGCGGUGAUAAGAGAAACGGGUGUAUUAUACCAGGAUACUGUGUGGAGGGCACGCUUGCAAAGGAUCUUCUCUGCGAGCCAGAUGAGAUAACAUCGCUGAAGGGAAACAAGCUUGUAGUUCGUUCGUCUAUAGAUUAUAUAUCAUUCAGCGCGCACGUGGACUUUUUGCAAAACGCAGAGUUUAUUGAGGGGUGCAAGGUAUCAGAAGUUGUUUUGGUGCAUGGAGAGUCAUCAGAGAUGAACAGACUGAAAAGUGCUCUUGUUCACCGAAGCGAAUCCAAAAGUGAGAAUAUGGUGGUGCACACGCCAAGAAACGGCGAGUGGGUUCAGAUAAAGGGGACUGGAGAAAUAAAUGUAAAGUACCUGGGAACAGAGGUGCCAGAUGAAUUUUCUGGAUUUAUGCACAUAGCAGAGGACGGAAAGGUAUCAGUGGUAGAGAGGGACAGUGUUUCUAAGCUGGGUAUCUCUGAAAUAAAAAUAGUUGAAAAGGCAAAGAUGCAGGGUGUUUCCUUCCAGCUUCUGAUAAGCCAGAUAGACAGGAUAUUUGAUGAGAGCCCGGAAAUAAAAGAGUCUGAAAGCAUAAGAAGCAUUGAAGUGGAUGGAGUGCAUAUAUAUGAAGAUGUGGAGGGUUCCAUUACAAUUCAAUGGGAGAGCUCUUUUAGAACAGAUGUUCUUGCUAACUGUAUAAUAAAGGCAAUUAACGAUACUGUGCUGGGGAAAAAUUCGGUGCAAAUACCGUUGAAUAAAAAGAAGUCAAAAAAGUGUGGAGGCAAAGAGUGCACUAAAGAGGACAAUCCAACAGAGGAGGAAAACUCUACAAGGUCUUUCCAAAUGCCGAAAGAAAGUAUGAACACGGUAGCGCAUAUUCUUUCUAACUAUUUCAGUCUAACUAAGACAGAGGGUGGUUUAGAAAUCCAGGAUAAAGACAAAAAAGUUACUCUAUCGCCAAAAGGGCUAAUUGGCGAUGAAUCUCUUGCUAAAAUUGUCCAGGAAGUGUUUGAUAGCAUUUCUUGGGCAGUUAAGAAUGAGGUGGCACUGCUUAAAGAAGCUGAGGCUGUAGAGUGAUGGGCCUAUGGGGCCUGGUAUAGAAAUUUCAGGUUAAAUACUAAUAAUUCAUGCCAGCGCUAGGAAUGCGUACCUUGCUAUGCGUAUUUAGGUAGAAUAGAGCACUCUGCAGUGCACUAAAUCUAUAUAGCAAAAAGUAUCGGAAAAAUAUUUUUAAUUUUAAUAAACCAGU